UUUCACUCAUCUAGGUAAAGAAUAUGGCUAUGAUGGAAUUUGAUGUAGAGGACAAUAAUUUCAUUGAAUGGCUCAAACCAUCUAAUUCCUCUCUUUCAUCCCUAACUUCAUCAUCAUCUUCUUCUUCUUCUUCUUCUUCUUCUUCUUCUUCUUCUUCUUCUUCUUCUACCACUCAAAAUGAAACUAUUCAAUUCUUUCCUAUGUUGAGUGCAAAGUCUUCAAAAGAGGAUCAAGAACAUGAAGUACCACAAAUUAAGGGUUUUGAUGUGGCUUUACAUAUUGGAUUACCUCAUGAAACUAAAGAAAAUGAUGAGAAGUUUUUCCAUGCUAAAGAAGAAGAAAAGCCUUCUAAGAAAACCUUCCAAAGGUUUUGGAUACCAACUUCUGCACAGAUUCUUGUUGGACCUAUGCAAUUUUCUUGCUCCAUAUGCAAUAAAACCUUCAAUAGGUAUAACAACAUGCAGAUGCAUAUGUGGGGGCAUGGAUCUGAAUUUAGGAAAGGACCAGACUCACUUAGAGGAACACAACCAGCUGCAAUGCUAAGGCUACCUUGCUAUUGUUGUGCUCAAGGUUGCAAGAACAAUAUCAAUCAUCCAAGAGCUAAGCCUUUGAAAGACUUUAGAACACUUCAAACUCACUACAAAAGAAAACAUGGUAUAAAGCCAUUUAUGUGUAGAAAAUGUGGCAAAACUUUUGCUGUUAAAGGUGAUUGGAGGACUCAUGAAAAGAAUUGUGGUAAGUUAUGGUAUUGCACUUGUGGUUCAGAUUUUAAACACAAAAGAUCACUCAAAGAUCAUAUUCGAUCUUUCGGAAAGGGACAUAAUCGACUUCCGGGUCUUGAUGAUCGAGCUUUCGAGGAGGAGGAGGAGGAGGAGAAAGAAUGUGUUACUUGUUCUCAUGAAGAUAAAGUUGCUCGUACAUGAUCUAAGUGUAUCAAGCAUAAAUCUUAAUUUCGUUUGUUAUAUUGAACUACUAGAAAAAUUAAAGUUAAAAUAACGACAAAAAGUUUGAGUAAAAAUUUCAGAAUCUCAAAUUUUUGUCGUUAUUUCAACUUUUUAUAGUAUAAUAAGUAAAUGCAGCUAAGUUCAUUGAUUACUACCCUUGUGCUCGACAACAAAAAAUUCUCAAUAUUGCCAAAGCAUGAACAUGAGAACGGUUUGCUACCGAGCGUUUGCAGGGUAGUGAUUAGCUCAUAUCUAUAAAGGUUUGAUUAAUAUUUGUGGUUAAUUAAUUUGAAUAAAUACAUUAGCCUCAAGUGGUGAAGUAGAUGAAUUUUCUUCCCAUAUAUAUUUGUGUACACCUCUUCAAUGGAGAAAAUUUGUCCGCUUCAUUGCCAAAAGGAUUUCUGUAAGUCUUGUUAACAUAUUUUCAAUUAUACUUUAUACCUUACCUAAG